CCCUGCGGCCUCUCAGAUCGGGAAGGAAGCUGGCGGCGGGUGCCAGCUCUGAGCCGGUGGUGCUUUGCGAAAACGGCCGAGUCCCUUUCUCUCGUUGACAGACAGCUGUCACAGCCAAUCCGCGCCGCGCCCCGGCCCGCAACUGCGUCGGUUGAAGGGCGGGUCCUCCGCACGCCCGCCCCUCGCAAACGCCGGGCUUGGAGUCCGCGGCGGCGUCGGAGCUGUCCUUGCUGGUUCCGUAGCUGAGACAUGAGCCAUUUGCAGAAUUUACUGUUAGACUCCCUCCUGGGAACAAAGCACGUGGACAGUGCAGCCCUCGUCAAACUCCAUGAGCGCACCCUGUGUGUAGCCACGCCGGGAUUUAGUGUGAUGCCCAGUGAUGUCCGCACACUCGUGAAUGGAUUUGCCAAGAACCCUUUGCAAACUCGAAGAGAAGGACUGUAUUUCAAGGAAAGGGAUUACAAAUGUGUCCGGGCAGAUGACUAUUCUCUUUAUGCUAAGAAUGAAAACACGGGUGUGAUCGUUGUAAAGACCAAUCUGUAUCUUCUGGUGGCAACUUACACUGAAGGCAUGUGUCCUAGCAUCUGUGUAGAAGCCACAGAGAAGCUGGACAAAAUGUUAGCUGUGCACUUUGACAAGCCAGGAGGACCAGAGAAUCUCUACGUGAAGGAGGUGGCCAGGCCACACCCCAGGGAGGGUGAGGUCCUCCUGAAGGUGGUGGCCAGUGCCCUGAAUCGGGCGGACUUACUCCAGAGACAAGGUCAAUACUCUCCACCCCCAGGAGCCAGCAGCAUUUUGGGACUCGAGGCCUCUGGACAUGUGGCAGAGCUGGGGCCUGGCUGCCAGGGGCACUGGAAGAUCGGAGACUCGGCCAUGGCUCUGCUGCCUGGUGGGGGCCAAGCUCAGUAUGUCACUGUUCCCGAAGGGCUCCUCAUGCCUAUCCCAGAGGGACUGAGCCUGCCCCAGGCUGCAGCUGUCCCAGAGGCCUGGCUCACCGCCUUUCAGCUGCUACACUGCGUGGGAGGCGUACAGGAGGGGGAGACAGUGCUCAUCCAUGCCGGCACAGGUGGGGUGGGCACGGCUGCCAUCCUUCUGACCAGGCUGCUCAAAGCCGUCCCACUGGUGACCACGAGCUCCAAGGAGAAUGUCCAGAUGGCCCAGAGGCUGGGAGCUGCAGCAGGGUUUGAUUACAAGAAGGAGGACUUCGCGGAGGAGGCUCUGAAGGCCACACAGGGUGUGGGCGUCAACGUGAUCCUAGACUGCAUUGGUGGCUCCUACUGGGAGAAGAACCUCCACUGCUUGGCUGCAGAUGGUCGGUGGGUUCUGUAUGGCCUCAUGGGAGGAGCAGAUGUCAAUGGACCACUGCUUUCCAAGCUGUUGUGUAAGCGAGGAAGUCUGCGGGCCAGUCUCCUGAGGUCCAGGGACAAGAAGUAUAAGGAAUCAUUGGUGAAGACUUUCACGGAGCAAGUCCUACCCCACUUUUCCCCUGGGAGUGCCGUGCAGCUGCAGCCUGUCGUGGACCAAAUCUUCGCCAUGGCUGAUGUUCAGAAGGCCCACUCUCGCAUGGAGGCCAACAAGAACGUGGGCAAAAUUAUCCUGGAGAUGCCCUGAUGGACACGAGCUGUGGCCAAUGGGAGACACUGAGCCUCUGGGGAUUGUGGGUUACCAGGUCAGGGU